ACUCGUUAACCAUCAACAAGCGCAACCAUGAAAAUUAGGGAUAAACAACGAUGGUUAUCCAACCAAAUGUCUUGGUUAACCAGAAACAUUAACCUAAUUUUUACCUUUGUUUUAUUGUUUUCAAUUUUACCCAAUUGUUCCCAUGGAUUUAAAUACAUUGCUUUAGCUUCGACAACAUCAAAAGUUAAUGCUACUUCACCAGAGAUUCAGUUUCAUGUGAAUAAUGUUACCCUUACGGAUAAUACAAUUUCGGACAAUGAUUCAGAGGAAGGACAUGCAAAGGUUGUUAAAACAAUCUCAUCUUUACUGGCUGAAUCGUUGAACAAAAGUAUUGGCCACUUUCAAUAUAUCCAAGAAAAUCGAGACUCAACAUCAUCAGAAAGACAAUUAAGAUUAUCAUUGACCACAACAACGUCCACAUUAACGGGGCCAGAUGAAGGAAAUGCAAAUAACCAUAAAGAGCCUUGUACAGAGUCAAGACGUUCCGAUGAUACCUUGGAGGAUGAUGGCAACUCGGAUGAAUCAAAAUCAGUUAUUUUGGGUAAUUCAGCUAACGGUUUAAAUGACUCAAUUAUAUCAGUUACAUUGACCAGUAAAACGGUUUCAGAUGGAUUACAAGAUGAUAAAACCGGACCGACUACCAUUAAUCCAUCUAAUCUGGUUACUCGGGUCACUGGCUCUUCAAUAUUAACUGAUAAACUUGCAACAGUUUAUUAUGGUGAUCAAGAUGAAGAUGAUACUUCAAAUGAUUCAGGGGAUAUUCAGAAGAUGAAUAAUGGUGAUGGAAUGAAUUUGAGAAAGUAUUUUAAACCAAUAACUACAACAUUACCACCAGAACCAUCACCAGUUUAUCAACCCGAAGAAGCUGUUAAAGUUGUCCCAAUAGGACAAAAUAAUGCAAAUCAAAAUGUUAAUGAAAGAAAGGAUAAAAACAAUGGAACCCAAUUUAUCUGCAUCAAAGUAAUCAAUGGAAAGCUAACUUAUCCAUCAAUGGCCAAAUUGGUUUAUCCCCAAUUGAAGGAAACAUCUCUGGUUAUGCCCACUGUACCCAAAAUCCCGUUGUCAUAUUUGUCUUUUAAAAAAUAUCUCACCAAUGACAGUUACAAUGAUUCCAGUACUGAAUCAAUAUUUAAUGGAACAAAUGAUUCUGUAAUUGAGUUGAAUGAGGAAACCAAAUCAACUAAACAACCCAAUUCAUUUGGUAUAUCUGGAAGGCAACCUAAACAUUAUGUCCAACGUUACUAUCCUGUUAAUUUAUACUCUCUUGAUUCAAUUCAAAAGAAAAAUGUUUCUUAUACUUUGAAAUCAAGUCUUUCAUUUGAUCCUGGGGAUAAUGAAACACAUUAUUUAAAUAAUCGACGGCGAUCAAGUGUAACAGCAAACAAUGAUGCUACAACCGAGACAACAGCAAAUAUUACCACAACUACACCAACAAUUGAUCCACUGGUCAGUGAAAAAUCAACUGAUUUAAACACAUUCAGCCGUGUUGAUAGUGAUAAAAUCAAAUAUAAACCAAUUACCUAUAAAACAACUGUUAUUAUACCUAAGAUAACGACAACAACAGUAUCUUUAUCCACAAAUUAUCCUAAAUCAUCAUCGGCUGAGCCUAUGACUUUAACGACUACAACUCCGUUGCCUUCAAGUACUGAGAUGUCAAGUAUUCAUUCAUCUAACAAGAUUAUACACGAAUUUAAGGAUAAAAAAGAUUCAAAGUAUGAAACUAACAAGAAGAAACAUGAUAAAGAAUCUGUCAAAUCCAAUAAGAAGAGUGAUAAAUCUACCAAGAAAGAAAUUCAAAUGAUGAAUUCAGGAAGUUCAAUAUCAUCUCAAAGAUUGGUUUCAAGUAGAUUACGUUUUCCUGACUCUAAUAGUGCCAACAUUCAACCAAAACCAACACCAAUAGAUACAUCGUUUGAUUCAUUUGAGAUACCAUCAGAGGAACCAAUCAUAAUUCCUAAUUCAAUGAUAAGACCACCGUUUGGGUUGACAACAAUUGUACCAAAUGGUUUACAGCAUCAGGUCUCAGCAUCUAAUCCAAAUCCAUUUCAGUCUCAUCACCAUUAUAAUAAUGUUAAUCUUCAUCAGAAAAAAUACCAACAAUUAUCCACUCCUAUCACAGUAAAUCAACAUUCCUUGGUCCCAGAAGUUUAUCAAAGCAGUACUAUAAUGCCAAAUGAGUUGACUGAUAAUCCAUUGAUUAGUCUAAUGAAUCCAUCAAUUGGUUCAUCAUAUCGAGGUUUAGCAUCCAAACUUAAAUCAGCCAUUAAUUUUUCACCAAAACAACAGCAAAUGUAUCCUAAUCAACAGAGUCAUUACCAAAAUUCAUACUCUUUUGUACCUUCGUCUAAUCAGAUGAAUUUUGGUUACAAUGGAUACGAUCAAUCUGGCCUGGAAUCAGUUUAUAAAUUGAAUCCUCAUUCAACCACGAAUGAUAUGGUUUAUUACGAUCCACGAUUAAAUUAUAAACCAGAAGUCAGUUUAAUGACACCUUAUUUACCCAACCUUCAAGGAUCAUAUGUCAGACAACCAGCUUCCAAGUUUCUGCGACAAUACCAGGCUUUAGUCACUAGUGCUUCAUCGAUGGUCCAACGUAAUCCAUCCCAAUCAAUUCAAUUUAAUCACAAUCCUUCCCAACUGGCGCGUCAACCAACACAAUUACAACACAAUCGUCAACAAUUAAUACCUCCAACAAACUUUUAUCCAGUUUUCCAACCAAUUCAGAGUCUUUCUCUGAAUCCACAGACAUUUCAAGAUCCUCAUGAAAUUCAUCAACACUCCAAUUAUUAUCACCAACAACAAGAUUUAAGACCAAAAGUUUCUACCUCCAUUCAUCAUAAAUUAAAACCAGAACAUAUUAAUCUUCUUGAACAAGGAGACUCUUCAUCUAUAACUUCUGUAAGCAGAGCUUCCGUUGCAAGUGGAAGUAAAUUAUCUUCAUCGUUACCGUCAUCUCAAGGAUCAACGACUGAUGAUAAACAGUUGAGUAAAUCUUCUCGUAAAAAUCGAUCUAAAACUGGAUCAACAUUUCGAAGCCGUAAUUCCAGAACAAAAAGCAAACGAAAAAGUAAACAAAAUAACCUUUCAGGAAAUUCAUCAUUACCUUCAAAAUCACCAAAAUCAUUAUCAACAUCAACAUCUUUAUCAAUUGAAACAUUCCAAAAAAGUUCACCAAAGACUCUAUCUAAUCCUUGUUCAUCAUCCGAUUCAACAAAUUGUCAAUCCUUGGGAGGUUUACUGUUUAGUCCAAGUCGAUCUGUUAAAUUUGAAUUGCGAGAUGCUUUGUCCUAAAACGAUUAAAUAAGGAUAAUUAAAUGAAUGGUGACCA